AGGGAAGGGUUAUAAGCUAAUUCAUAGACUUUCUUUUCCCGACUCAAUCACUUUUAUUAAUACAAAUCACAGCGCAUUGAAGAGCAAAAUAUAAUUUAUUAACAUUAAUUUACAAUGAGUUACGUGUGAGAAUUUACCGACGGCUAUCGCCAACUGGUAGAAACGAUAAAUGUAAAAACAAAAUUGCCUUGCCUCUUUGCGUCAUAUUUUUCAAUUCCUAAUUUUGCAUUAAGCACGUCAACACCGUUUUUGUGAAUUUAGAAACGUCAAACCAGAUAAGUAAGAUAGGUAAAUAAUGUAUUUUAUGGAAAUUUCUUGAGAUAUUGGGAAGAAAUAUAUAUUAUUUUGACCACGUAGAAAUGCAAUUAUUGCCGAUUUAUUCAUGUGUUUAGUAUCAGUGUUUUGACCCAAAGCCGAGUUACGUAAAUACUCAACAUCGAGUAUUCAAGAGAUUACCGAUUUGCAGAGCUUUUAAUUAUUAUUUAAUACGAAAAUAACACCGACACGAUCUAAAAUUAAAGGCAUAAAAAUGUCACUAUCCGCUUCACAAAUAUCGCAUCCCUGGGUCAGUAAUGAUAAUAUUGUUCGCUUAAAACUGGGACCGUAAUUUACAAACUGGGAUACAAAUCCUACACAGAAGAUAAUAAGGAGAAUAAAAUUAAUUUGUGUUGUGAAUGCACUCCUUAAUAGUUGUCUCUAACAUAUUCGCCGAUGUGAACUAACUAUACGGUCCGAAAAUAAAAACCAAACUACGAUAUCCGCCGUUGCGUGAGGAUUAAUAUUUGAAUAAAAAAGUGCUUUAAUAUAAUUUAACAACAUUAAUGUCGGCCGCCGAAGAGAUCGCGGUGCCAAAAAAUUUACUGCAGCCUUCGAUUAUGACAAAAUUAGGAAAUAAAAAACGCCGCAUUGUUACGGAGUUUUCAGUCUUCUAGUAAAAUCCGAAAUAACAAAUAUUUAUUCUCCAUCCAAAUUAAUGUUUAAAAUGACAAUACUCAUUAUUCGGUGUUCGUUGAAAAUAUUCGGAUACCUCUAGUAAAAAAAUACGAUUUGACCCGCCACUAAUCACCGCGCAUGUAAAUAAUCAUUGAAUGGCAAUAAAAAAUCAACCUAUUUAACAAUAAAUUCCAAGUAAUAGUUUCACAUUUCAUGUAUUUGAUCGGCGCUACAUGCGAGCGUGUUUUUUUGUACAUAUAAACCAUCAUGACUCUACUCACACUUGCUCUAAAAUUAAUUUUCGCGAUAUUUAUUGUUUUAUUUUUAAAUGCGGGUACCGCUGACUACGGAUUAAUGGUCGAUGUUUGAAAUAGGACUUGCAAAAUAUUCACUAAAAACACCGUCAGGCAAAGAGGGACGGGCUACACGUACCUGUGGAAUUUCGCUGUGAACGACCACGCAUUUUAGUUUAUUAAACGCAUUAUUACGCCGUUGUGAAAUUUCGAAUAUUAAAUUUGAAUUGGACAUUCCUGCAUUAAAUUAAUCUAAAAUAAACCAAUAUCAUCACACACGUUUUUUCGGUUUUCGGUUUUCGACCUUUAAUAUGUAGAAAAUCUUACUUUAGUCAAAGCAAUAUUAUUUCGAAAAUAAUUUUCGUAUCCAGAUUUUCAGAGUUUCUACUGCAGUAUUAUAACAUGAAGACGUUAAAUUGGGUCAAGUUGAUGAAGCACGAGAGUUUUCGUCACAAGAGAAAGAGAUUGCGUGAUCCUAUUGUCGUUUUCAAUUCGACAGCGACAGCAUCGACAGCGUGCGUGCGAUUUCUACUUUUUUGAGAAUAGAUAUUGCACAAUCUAGACAGACUUCCAAGUUCAAAAGAAAAGAAAAUGAAGAACAGUAGAAUAAAAGCUAAUCUUUUUUAUGUAUCAAUUUCAUUUUUAUUGAAUGAGAGUGCAUACUUUGCACUGGAAGGCCUUCAAAGCAGUUUGAAUGAUAAAGUUGGAACUCAGUCAUUGAGUGCAUUAUACUCAUCAUAUGUUUUGACGUCAUUAUUUCUUCCUUCAUUGGCAAUGAAUUACUUGCAAAGUCGAAAAGCAAUGGCACUGGCAACUUCAGCCUAUGCAGUUUAUACUAUUGCAAAUUUCUAUCCUCGUUGGUACACAUUGAUACCCGCAGCUGUAAUACUUGGAUCAUCGAGUUCAGUACUAUGGUCAGCAAGCAGAGUUUAUAUCAGUGAUUUGGCAGUUGCUUAUGCCGACCAAAACAAGGAGAACCACGCAAAAACAACAACAAAAUUUUUUGGAGUUUUCUUUGCAAUUUUCUCACUAUCUAUGGUAAUCGGAAAUGUGAUGUCUUCAGUUGUGUUUCAACUAUCAAGCAAUGUUAAUACAAUAGCAGUGAAAGAAACCGUCAAUAUUUCGUCCAUAACCACAGUGAGUUAUAACGCGAUUGCGUCAACAUAUGAAAAUAUUUCAGAAUCAAACCAAUACAGUCUAACAUGUGGUUUACAUAACUGUGAUCAAACUGUAGGUAUCGCAAAACCAAAUGAUGUGAUGGAGUCGAGUGUACAAAAGAAUAUACUUUAUGGUUUGUUCUCUGUGUUUACUGUAAUUCAAAUCGGGGCAGUUUUGAUUCUAUUACUGCCAGCUGAUGAUGCUCCAAAGCAUGGCAGCAUAUAUAAUAUUGAAUUAACUGACGAAGAAAAUAGGAUGGAAGAGAUAGAAAGAGAAAGUUUAUUCACAAACUCACAAAAUUUGAAUAAUAAUCAUGAAAAAGACGGACAGACAGAAGUUUCUAACACGAUUGCACAGCAGGUAUUUGCAACAGCAAAAUUUUUGUGGUUCAACAAUAAUGCAAAAUUGUUGAUUCCAAUCUCACUUCAUGUUGGAAUUUUGCAAUCAUUCGUAUUCGGACAAUUUACAAAAUAUUGGGUAACUUGUGUACUAGGAAUAUGGUACGUUGGAUAUGUUGCUGCAGCUUUUGGACUCGGUUCUGCAGUAGGUAGUUAUGCUGUUGGAAUGCUAACCAAAUUAGCAGGAAGAAAUUUAAUAAUGAUCGGAGCCACUUUGAUAGAAAUUGGAAUCGCUAUUGGGUUGCUCAUCUGGGAACCAGAAAUUGCAAAUUCAACAUGGUUAUUUUUUGCUGUAUCUGGGUGUUAUGGUAUACUUUUUGCAGUCCACAAGACUAUCUUGACAUCAGUUUAUACCUUGUUCUUUCCGAAAGAUAAGAAAUCGGCCAGUGCAUCUUUUUCAAUAUGGGAUCCAUUAGGAACUUCCAUUGCUUAUGCUAUAGGUGGGGUAAUAUGCAACAAGGUAUUUAUAAUAAUAAUGACUAGCAUUCUUGUAUUCGGAAUUUCGCUUUAUAUAAUUGCUGAAUAUAUCGACAAAAUGUCAAAAGAAAAGAAGGCAUACAACAAAGAGGACAAUGCUGAAGAACUGAAGUCAUCAGAAGACUGAUUACCCAUUAUUUGUACAGCCACAAAGCAAAGAGUUUCAUAUCCAACUCAUAAUUGAAGCAUUUUACUUCUAAGAUAACAAUGCAAGUUUAAAAUUUUUUGCCUGUGAAGCUAUGUCUAUUGGUGAUACUAUCUCUGUUGUAACAACAGAUCUAUAUUUCGCUUUUUGAAACAAUGAUUCAAAUUUACAAUGUUGCAAUACUAUAUCAGUGAUCUUUCCAAUUUUCCGAAGAAGGCCUGUGACCUUGCAUAAAAAAUAGUACAAAACUAUAGUAUAAUUCACUUAUGAUUUUAUCUAUUAUGGCAGAACAUUUGAGACUUUUAUUUUCAUAGCAUAAUUGAAAGUGACAUCCAUUUUUUAUAUGUGUUCAUAAACAAAAAAUAAAUAAACAAUUUGAACAAAUAAACAAAAC